CUGAUCCGCGGUUCCCGGUUGUACCUGAUCAUCGGAUCAUCUUCUUCUUCUACAAACGACAAUCGACAUCACGUGAGAGGCAGCACUCAUCGUUAGAGGAAACUUCAUUCAGACGGGGAGGAGACACGAUAAAUGCUGCUGCAGUCGAGUUGGUAGUUGACGUUGAAAACUUAAGGGGCAACAGUAACGGACAGUCCGACAUGAAGCGACUAAUUUCCAUUUAUAUCUGCCUUGCUGCGGAUCUCCAGUCUGUCCUCGGCGUCGAUUUGUGCGCCACGCCGAUUCAUGGAUGCAAAAAUAUUCCAAGACUUUUGAGCAAAGAUGAUUACAGCAUUGAAUUUGGAGAUCAAUCCUAUCAAAACCACAGCGUUCUCUUGUACCUGGAGGACUCUGCCUUGUACGUUGGAGGGGCAAAUUCUGUUUUAAAGCUGGAUAUGGACAGCAGAAAUAUAAACAAGAUAUUUCCUCUGAACACAACAGGCCAGCAGGACUGCUCUGAGGGCCCCUGUGAAAAUGUUAUCACUGUCAUGGAGAAGUUUGAGGACAGGCUGUUUGUCUGUGGGACAAAUGGACAGAAACCCCAAUGCUGGAAGCUCUCUCCCUCGGUGAGCAAUCAGUCUCGUGAAAUUGAGACGAGUUGCGAUGGGACCGGCAUCUCCCCGUUUUCCUCCACCCAGAACUCCCUGUCCCUCACAGCAGAUGGGGAUCUAUAUGCAGCAGCACCCUUGGAGGCAGAUGGAAGUUUACUGGAGUUCAGAAGAAAAGCUGGGAAAAGAACUAAAGUCUGGAUGCAUUACAACUGGGCCUCAGAGCCCACAUUUAUCGCUGCGUCCUGGGUAAAACAAAAGGAUGACCCGGACAAUGAGAAAAUAUACAUCUUUUUUCGUGAAAAGAACUCGGACACCAACCCAGAGGCUGAUCCCUGGAUAUCUAGGGUUGCCAGAGUAUGCAAGGUAGAUGAAGGGGGAUCGAAACAAUUCCUCCAGAACAUUUGGACCUCUUUUCUCAAGGCUCGGCUCAUCUGCGGGUUUCCGAAGGAGUCGCUGUACUUCAACCGUCUCCAUGACAUUUUUGUGUUAGAGGCCGAGGACUGGCGUGACACCAGAGUUUAUGGUCUUUUCACAAGCAGCUGGAACUCUACAGCAGUUUGCAUCUACACGAUAGAAAUGAUUGAAAAAAUAUUUGAGAAUUCACCUUUCAAGGGCUACAACAAAGAGAUUCCCAAACCAAGGCCGGGCACGUGUACGACGAACAGCAAAAGUCUACCCCGGGACACUGUCGCAGUAGUGAAGGAUUACCCAGAAAUGACUGGCUGGGUUCACUCCCUGCAUCACGCAGCUCCAUUUUACAUAAGCAGCAACAACUACACCAAGAUAGUUGUGGACCGAGUGCAGGCCGCAGACAACAAAACGUAUAAUGUUCUUCUCCUAAGCACUGAUACAGGAAACAUCCAUAAAGUAUUAGAGGCUGGGUCAGAGCCUCUAAUCAUCUCUGAAAUACAACUCUCCAACAACUCAACGAUACACGCAUUGAAGCUCGACUCUAAAAAGAAAAAGUUAAUCGUGGGCUUUUCUGAGAGAAUCUCUGUAGUGGACCUCCAGCGAUGUCAGUAUAACUCUUGUGCAGAAUGCGUCCUGGGCCGAGACCCAUACUGUGCAUGGACCACGUCUGGAUGCGUCCCAACUGUCCCUGACGGCAUCCAGAAUAUCGUUGAUGGGAAUAUAAGUGUGUGCCCUUCAACUGGAAUAGAGCAAGCGAAACGGACUAAACGCGACGAUGUUUCAGCAUCGGCAGUGCCUUCAACCACAGUCCACAGUGUCCCCCUGGAUGUCCCUUUCUAUCUGUCCUGUCCUAUAGACUCUUACCACGCUGUGUACACAUGGCGGCAUGAAGACAGAACCAGCCCAUGUCUGCAAAUGCAUUCUGACUGUUUGCACCUCAUCACUAAGAUGACACAAAAGGACUACGGCGACUUUGAGUGUGUUUCCACAGAGAAAGACUACACCAAAGUGGUGAAAAAAUAUCAGCUUACUGAGCUGAAGAUCCCAGUGGAACGCAACAUCGGAACGACGAUAUCGAUAUCAUAGAGAAUGAUGCAUCGACUCUUGUCUCGCAGACAGUAUUGAUCACUGCUUUAUCUAUGUGGGCGAUUUUCAGAUAGCAUGCGAGCAAACAACCAUUUUUUUUCCUAAUUCUUUUUUAGGCUCCUUUACUUCUACUUCAAUGAAACUUGCAGCUAGUAACUAUAACACUGGGCUGUGUUUAUGGUAACACUGCGGUGUUUGCCAGAAAGGCUAUAUUUCAAGUUCUGCCUUUCACAACCACAACAAGACAAGUCACAGCAAGAAGAAGUUGAGCUGAUAGAAAAGAACAACUGGUCGGCACCAGAGUAGAACUCGAAUGAUCGGGCGGGGUCCUAGCGGUGUUAGAAAUAAAAUUUCGCCACUUUACCCGGGUGGUGGUGGGGAGCUGGAGCUGAAAUUUUAAGCAGACGAUGGAGUGUGGUAGGUGGAAGAGUGACUGCCAGGAAGAGAGAGCAGCAGGGAAGGAAAACUGGAGAAUAAGUGGUGUGCAACUGAGGUCAAACUGAAAGAUCUGGCAGAUUAUGAAGAAGGACCAGGGGAGGUUUAUCUCAGAUUCUAAAGGGGAUGGGUCUCAGGUGUGAAGCCGUGAUUGGCAACAGCCACGCCCAAACACAGGAGAGAGGGAAAAACAUGGGACUAACAAGAAACAGAAAAUGGCAGAAAUGCGAGGGAUUACCGCAAAUUCUGCCACAUUUUAUCACACAACACAGCACUAAAAUGUUUUGAUUGUGAAGACAGCUGCAGACUGUCUGAAAAGCUGAAAUCCAUCCCCCGCUGGAGUGUGCAGAUAAUAGCUUACUCUUGUACAAGAGGGAAAGGAAGGGUCGAGCCCUGCUGGAACCUUGCUAAAUUUUCCAGUUUUAUUUUUCUGUUGGUGGGUCAAUCCGGGUGAGAUGUUUGUGACUUAUGUAACUCAAGUAGAAGAACUGUGAACUGUACUAACAUUAUUGUAACACAUUAUUGUUACAAUGCAAUAUUAAAGAAUAGUAGUAGAAAUAAUGUGCAUUACAAAACAACCCUACUAGAGCUACAUAAUGGAUUUACUAAUGAAUGUCCAUGUGCCUUGUGUUGCUUUAACUAGUAUGAGUUCAGUUUAACAGUUACACAGUCUUUUCGUAGUCACAUUUGGUACGAGUUAAGUUGGAAAAGUUGGAAAUAAAAACUGAAAUGUAUUUAUUUUUGCAUAUUUAUUGAAGUUAUUCUUUAUUAAAUAAAGCUGAAAAUCCAA